CUACAUCUCCUUGCAGCUACACUGCUGUGGAAGGAGGACGUGUGGCUGGUUGUAUUGGGUCAACUGUUGUCAGAGAGAAGCAUUUCAGACUGCUCUUGAUCUUGAGUACGGCUGAAGCCAUGGGACUCAUUCUACGUUCAGUGAUUCUAUGGCUGCUGCUUAUUGGAAAGCUUCAAGCUAGCGUGAUAUCACCAGAUCAGGGGUAUGAGCCAGGCAAUUGGGACAUGAGCUAUGAGCCCCAGGUUCGCAGCUACAAGCCCCAGCAGCCGGCUCAGGCUCCAAGCUACAAGCCCCAGCAGCAGGCUCCAAGGUACCAGGCCCAGGCUCCCAGCUACCAGCCCCAGCCCCAGCAGCAGCAGCAAGCUCCAAGAUACCAGCCUCAGCAGCACCAGCAGGCUCCCAGAUACCAGCACCAGCAGGCUCCCAGCUACCAGCCCAAGAAGCAGCAGCAGGCUCCCAGAUACCAGCCUCAGCAACAGCAGGUUCCCAAAUAUCAGCCUAAGCAGCAGCAGCAGGUUCCCAGAUACCAGCCCAAGCAGCAGCAGCAGCAGCAGGUUCCCAGAUACCAGCCCAAGCAGCAGCAGCAGCAGCAGGUUCCCAGAUACCAGCCCAAGCAGCAGCAGCAGGUUCCCAGAUACCAGCCCAAGCAGCAGCACCAGCAGCAGGUUCCCAGAUACCAGCCCAAGCAGCAGCACCAGCAGCAGGUUCCCAGAUACCAGCCCAAGCAGCAGCAGCAGGUUCCCAGAUACCAACCAAAGAAGCAACAGCCUCAGGCUAACUUUCAUCCAAGAGCUCAGGGACCUUCCUACAAGCCUAGGCAGCCUGUGUACCAGCCCAAGCCUCAGCCCCAGCAGCCUGUGUACCAGCCCAAGCCUCAGCCCCAGCAGCCUGUGUACCAGCCCAAGCCUCAGCCCCAGCAGCCUGUGUACCAGCCCAAGCCUCAGCCCCAGCAGCCUGUGUACCAGCCCAAGCCUCAGCCCCAACAGCCUGUGUACCAGCCCAAGCCUCAGCCCCAGCAGCCUGUGUACCAGCCCAAGCCUCAGCCCCAGCAGCCUGUGUACCAGCCCAAGCCUCAGCCCCAGCAGCCUGUGUACCAUCCCAAGCAGCAGCAGCAACAGGUUCCCAGCUACCAGCCCAAGCAGCAGCAGCAUCAGGUUCCUAGCUACCAGCCCAAGCAGCAGCAGCAACAGGUUCCCACCUAUCAGCCCAAGCAGCAGCAACAGGUUCCCAGCUACCAGCCCAAGCAGCAGCAACAGGUUCCCAGCUACCAGCCCAAGCAGCAGCAACAGGUUCCAAGCUUCCAGCCCAAGCAGCAGCAGCAGCAACAGGUUCCCAGCUUCCAGCCCAAGCAGCAGCAGCAACAGGUUCCCAGCUUCCAGCCCAAGCAGCAGCAGCAACAGGUUCCCACCUAUCAGCCCAAGCAGCAGCAACAGGUUCCCAGCUACCAGCCCAAGCAGCAGCAACAGGUUCCCAGCUACCAGCCCAAGCAGCAGCAACAGGUUCCCAGCUUCCAGCCCAAGCAGCAGCAGCAACAGGUUCCCAGCUUCCAGCCCAAGCAGCAGCAGCAACAGGUUCCCAGCUUCCAGCCCAAGCAGCAGCAGCAACAGGUUCCUAGCUACCAGCCCAAGCAGCAGCAGCAGGUUCCUAGCUACCAGCCCAAGCAGCAGCAGGUUCCUAGCUUCCAGCCCAAGCAGCAGCAACAGGUUCCCAGCUUCCAGCCCAAGCAGCAGCAACAGGUUCCCAGCUACCAGCCCAAGCAGCAGCAUCAGGUUCCUAGCUACCAGCCCAAGCAGCAGCAGCCCCAGCAGCCUAGCUACCAGCCCCAGCAGCCUAGCUACCAGCCCCAGCAGCCUAGCUACCAGCCCCAGCAGCCUAGCUACCAGCCCCAGCAGCCUAGCUACCAGCCCCAGCAGCCUAGCUACCAGCCCACUGAGGGUCAUGGACAAGGUCCCAUGGCACAGACUGAAACUGCAUCAAGUGCAGGGGUUAAUUCAGGUAUGACUUGGCCCAACUAUGGAAGUCAAGAUCAGCUUGGCCACAACUAGAGCUCUUGGAAAAGACCAAAGAAUCUUAGAGGUUUCAAGCGAUGGGCCUGACUGACACAAAGUUUGAACCUGAAGAUUUUAAAAUAAAUGCUCUUUGUAUUAAA